AUGGCUCCACAUCCUCCCGCCGCGAUGGGUCCUUCGCGGAACCUACCUCCUCCGACUCCGCUUCACCAGCAAGUCCACCAUCAUCACUUUGCGCCUGUCAUGCACUCCCCACAUACCCCCCCGCCGCAUCUACAGCACGGCCUUGCGCACCCAGGAUACCCUCAAGGCCUUCCCGCGCUGCCUGUCACCUUCCCUGCGACAGCCACACCCACCACCGCGUCAUCCACUCCCGGUAACCCACCGGUCUGUCAGAACUGUGCGACUUCUACGACUCCUUUAUGGCGACGUGAUGAGUCGGGUGCUACUUUGUGCAAUGCAUGCGGUCUCUUCCUGAAACUUCACGGUAGGCCUCGGCCUAUCAGCUUGAAAACGGACGUGAUCAAGUCUAGGAACCGCGUCAAGUCGUCUGGUCAGGUGAAGCGCAAGUCUUCAGCGACCGAAGGUCACCCUGGAAUGCACGCGCUCCACCACGGGCUGGUCCACACUCCGCCGCACAACGGUCACCUUGCCGGACCAUCUGGCAACGGCGGUAACAGCCCUCCUCACUCUCCGAAUUCGUCGCAUGCAUACCCAUCUCCGCAAAUAACACACUCUAUGCACCUUCACUACCCUGGCGCAGUCCAUAUGGCCCCAGAUCCGGCUCUGCUUCGACCACCGACCGUUAUGCAGCACCGACCAGGAAGCGUCCCCCUUCCCACAGAAAAUGAGCCGCAAACCAUGGAAUCAGUGAUGGCCUCGAACCAGGCUCUCCGUACUCGUGUUGCUGAACUCGACCUUGUCAACGACCUUUUCCGUUCACGCGUUACCGAACUCGAAUCUUCAGAAACCGCAUCGCGUCGCCUGGAAGGAUCACGAAGGGAAGUGGAAAUGCAGCUGCGCAACCAACUGGAGGAGAUGGAGCGUCGGGAAGUGGGCUAUCUGAACAGGAUUGAGGCGCUUGAGCGGGAAUUGACUGCGGAAAGGGAGGUCGGGAACAUGAGAAAAAAGAUGCGGGUUAGUGUUACCAAUCUUCUUGAGACGCCGGAUGAGCUGAGAUCGAUUUCAAAGAGCCCUGCCACCGCGCCAUCUAUGGACGAAGCAACUCCUGAGAAAGAGGUCACGGCAGAGAAGCCUCUCAAUGGUGAGCAGGGCGGAAACGUCGAGGGGGGCGAGGAAGCGACUUCAGCGCGAGAGCCUGUGCUGUCAGAGGAGGCGUCGCCUAUGGUGGAGGCUAGAGAAGGUGCAUCUCCAAAAAGUGCUUAG